GAAAUGUUUUCACACUUUGCGAUCCGUAUGUAUCCAUAAUAGCGUUUUGUUUCAUAAGCUAAUAUCUCUUUAGUGUGCCACAUAAACUAAAAGCCACGUAGACAUCAUUUAGUGACGUAUUCUCUUUUUGUCUUAUUAUCCGAGUAAGCGUAUUCAAUAUAUAUACAUGUCUCUUCUCACAUCUAGAGCAUGAGAAGCUUAGGGGAAAACGAUCAAUCUUUGUUAUCUCUCACUCUUCCUCUUCUUAUUUUGAUCUUCCUCACUUCUGUUUGAUUCCUAAUAAUGGAACACGAGGGCAAGAACAACAUGAAUGGUAUGGAGAUGGAGAAAGGAAAGAGAGAGCUUGGGUCAAGAAAAGGAGUUGAGUUAACUAUGAGAGUGUUGGCUUUGAUCCUAACAAUGGCGGCUGCAACAGUACUUGGUGUCGCAAAGCAAACAAAGGUUGUGUCUAUUAAGCUUAUUCCCACUUUGCCUCCUCUUGAUAUCACUACUACCGCCAAAGCCUCUUACUUGUCGGCAUUUGUGUACAACAUUUCUGUGAACGCUAUAGCUUGCGGUUACACGGCGAUCUCGAUAGCGAUUCUGAUGAUCAGCAGGGGAAGAAGAAGCAAGAAGUUGUUAAUGGUGGUUUUGCUAGGAGAUCUAGUGAUGGUGGCUUUGCUGUUUUCCGGCACUGGAGCCGCCAGCGCAAUUGGGCUAAUGGGUUUACAUGGGAACAAGCAUGUCAUGUGGAAGAAAGUUUGUGGCGUUUUUGGAAAAUUCUGUCACCGAGCUGCUCCUUCGCUUCCUCUCACUCUUCUUGCUGCAGUUGUGUUUAUGUUUCUUGUUGUUCUUGACGCUAUUAAGCUUCCUUAAUUAUUAAUUGUUUCUGUUCUUGUCGUUUUGUGUGAUGUAAAAUAACUAUCAACAAUCAUGUAAUUGUCUAUUGCUUCUAAUGUUUUAUCACAUCGUUUUCUAUGGUGAGACGAUAUAUUCAAAAUUCGGAAA